AUGGUGCCUGGACUUGGCCUGUCUAAGAAGAGGUAUCCCCGCCAAGAUCUAAUUCCUGUCUUUCCCAAUGGAUGGAUCCCGGUGUUGGAAUCGUCUGAGCUCGGAAAGGAGGAUGUCAAACGAAUAGACCUUCUCGGCUUGGAGCUGGUGGCAUUCCGGACCAGAGACGGCGUUGCCUGCGUAGCCGACGCCUACUGCCCGCACCUGGGCGCCCACCUUGGCGCCGUGGGCCGCGUGGUGGGAGACUGCAUCGAGUGCCCUUACCACGGCUGGAGGUUCAGCGGCACGACGGGGGCCUGCACUCACGCACCUUUCGCGCCUAAAGUUCCGGAGUAUGUGACACUGAAGAAGUGGGAAGUCCACGAGGUGCUGGGAUUCGUGUUUGUCUGGCAUCACGCCGAAGGGGAAGAGCCGUCCUGGCGCAUCGAGGACAUUCCCCAGAUCACCAAAGGCGACUGGAAGCUGUUCUUCCGAUACGAAGACAGAGUCAGCUGCCACAUUCAUGACCUCAUUGAAAAUGCUUUCGACACGGCUCACGUGAAGCACUUGCACAAGCCAAACUCCCUUCUUUCUCCCAACGCAUUUAUACAAAGCGGUGGAGAUACCCUUUGGGCGCGUUUUACAAUGAACCAUUGGACAGUCAAGAACAGGAUUGAGGCGCACAGGUGUAUCAACGAAUUCGAUGCCCAGGUGUCGAUACUCGGCAAGCGGUGGCCCGUCCUCCGUACUAUUGCGGAAACACAGAACAUUGGGCCGGCCUUGAUAGUGGAGCAUGCUCGGAGCAAGUUUGGUACCGCCAGGGCGGUGAUCGCGAUACUUCCCGAGGAGCCCCUACAAAUGCGCGUCAUUCAGAGGAUGCACUUUGAACCGGAUGCCUGGUGGUUCUUCCGGUAUUUCCUCAGCAAAGCUCACAUCAGUCAGAAAUUCGAUAAUUUUGUGUAA